AUUAAAUCCUCUUUUAAACCCAAAGAGAGAGUCAAAACUCGCCAUCACUUUUAUUCCCUGCAAAAACACAUACAUCCCUCUCACAAUCCCAUUUUCUCUUCUCUGGAUCCUUAUUCUUCAGAUCACCAACUUGGAUCUCGCACGAUGCUCUGUCUCAGAAUGUGAUUGAUUGGCUUGAGAAGUUCAAACUCCAUUUUAAAGUCUCUGCAGAGAUUUUUCCAGGUGGUUAGAAGGCGAUGAAAAGAUUCGAGAGGCCAAGAACUUCGACAAACUCUCAGCCAAGAAACAGUGCGAGCUUGGCAAAGAAAGACCAGAAACAGCGUACUAGUAAAGCCAAUGGCUUGAAACCGCUCAAUGCGGCUCAGCUUGUUUCCAGAGUUUUGGAUGCGACCGCCUCUGAGCCUCCUUCACUCGCUGUGAACGAUUCAACGACUGGAUCCGAGUCUUCCGAAGUCUAUGACAACGUGAAGGUGCAUUACAUGGACGAUUCCAACGAGAAACCAAGGAGGAAUGAUGAGAGUCUUAUGGAUUGUGAGGAAGAAGGGAACGGUGAUGAUGAUUCAGACACUGAAGCAAACAAUGUUUCUGUGUCUUCUUCUCAAGGUGAUUUGUUUUCCCUUGGAGAUAAGAGAUCAGACAGGACAUCAGUGGUUUCCAAGAGCAAAAGCUCCCAGGACAGACCCUUCACAUCAAAGGGACGAACCAAUGUCGAUUCGGUUAGAUCUCGAUCCAGCACCUUUCAUGGCUCUGCUAGAAAGACGGUAAGAUCCAGUAAAAGCCAGGCAAGAGCUCUGUCUGAUUUCUCCUCUUAUAGAAGCUCUGAAACUCAGAGAGCUUUCCCUUCUGAAGCAGUCGAUUCCACGCCUUUUGAGGAGGCGAAAGAAGAUGACAAGUUUGAAGAUGCUUUAAAUAAUAACACUGAAAGUGACAAUGAGACACUUGUGUACAAGGAAAACAAAACAAGUGAAGUGGAGAAAGUCUUAACUCGAGAGAUCGGGUCCCUAGAAUCUCGAAUCGAGCAACUUGAAGGGGAGCUGAGAGAAGUGGCUGUUCUUGAGAUGUCACUAUACUCUGUAUUUCCAGAACAUGGGAGCUCAGCACACAAGCUGCAUAGACCUGCACGAGACCUUUCUAGGCUCUACGCACUUGCUAGAAAAAACCAGAGUGAAAACAAGUUAAUCUCAGUAACCAAAAACAUUGUGUCUGGUCUGUUCUUGGUGUUGAAAUCCUGUGGGAGUGAUGUAGCGAGGUUAACUUUCUGGUUGUCCAACACUGUCAUGUUGCGAGAGAUCAUUUCACAUGAAUUUGGUGGCACAUACCUAAAUGGAUCAAAAUCGCUUGAAGAAGUCUGGACAGAUGCAAGAACUCUGAUAGAGGCAUUAAGAAGAGUUGAAUCAUGCUUAUUCACAAAAGCUGUUGGAUCCAUAUGGUCACAGGUAAUGAUGGUUCAUAUGAGACCUCAAGGAGUAGACGCUACGAUGGGUGAAAUGGUGGGGAAUUUUUCAGAACCAGCAACAUGUGACCGGUUACAAGAGAGCUUCUCUGUCAACCUGUGGAAAAAAGCUUUUGAAGAGGCUCUUCAACAGCUCUGUCCUGUUCAAGCAGAAAGGCGUAAAUGUGGUUGUUUGCAUGUGCUAACCAGAAUGGUCAUGGAGCAGUGCAUUGCAAGACUUGAUGUGGCUAUGUUCAAUGCUAUUCUCCGUGAGUCUGCUCAUCGGAUACCAACUGAUCCUGACUCUGAUCCCAUUGGUGACCCAAGAGUUCUGCCAAUUCCAGCUGGGGUUUUGAGCUUUGAGUCUGGCGUAAAACUAAAGAACACGGUUGGCUACUGGUCAAGAUUGCUCACAGACGUGUUUGAGAUCGAUGCUGAUCAUUCCCUGGAAAAUGGAUAUGCGGCAUUGAAACCAUUCCACUUGCUCAAUGAACUGAGCGAUCUCCUUAUGCUUCCAAAAGAAAUGCUUGUAGACAGUUCCACCAGAGAAGAGAUUUGCCCAUCAAUUGGCCUGAGUUUGAUAAAAAGGAUAGUAUGCAAUUUCACCCCAGAUGAAUUCUGCCCGUACCCUGUCCCAGGAACUGUUCUUGAGGAACUCAACGCGCAGAGCAUAAUUGAGGGUAGAAGCUCAUCUGGAGAUGCAACUAGAAGCUUUCCUCGAAAAGUCAAUCCGGUUCAGUAUUGUCUUCCUUCUUGUGCCCACUUGACAGAUAUGGUUGCAGAUUUCAGUGACAAGCUUAAAGUUUCUAUGACACGAAACACAAGAUAUGGCAGCAACGAAGAGGUGGAAACAUCAAGUUCUCCUUCACACUACAACAUCAUCAAAGCGGUUGAAGAAAAGGACAACCUUAGUUUCUCUCCGACUAACGAAAGAUACAGACUCCUUGGAGAAACCUAAACCUGGCUUGUUUGUCCAAAAGACUCCAAGCUCAUAAACGAUAUACACUCAAAUGCUUAUUGUCCUUGAACAUCAAAUGACCAAUGUACAUUCAUUAACUCUCACACUCCAGAAACAAAACAUACCCUCUUGCCAUUUGACCAUUCAAUAAAAUUCUUGAUUUUUGAGUAAAGACCAGAGCUAAGAAAUUGUCACUCUUGGUUUAUUGUUUACGUGGAAACUGGAAGCUUCUCGGUAGAAGCUGAAACAGAGGAGCUUAUACCCUCAAGCGCCUUGAUAACUUGAAGCAGUGAAGGUCGCUUCUCUGCAGAAACGGCAAUGCAAUUGAGAGCAAUAUCCAAGGUCUUUAGCAUGUCUGAUUGGCAAGAACUGGACAAGAUCUUUUGGUCAAGAACUUGAGCAGCACCAUUUGUCAGGUUUAUCUUCCUUCUGACCUGCUUCACUAUGUCAAGUGACUCUCCAGAUGCGUCUCCUUCUGCUUUCUCUGCUCUUUGCCCCGUUACAAGUUCUAGUAGGAUAACUCCAAAACUGUAAACAUCCAUUUCUUCUGUUGCUUUCUUGCUGAAGUUGUUUUCUGGCGCAGUAUAGCAGGAGCAGGAGCUGGCGUGUAUCAGAGACUGAAAAGCAACUUCUCCAACAAUUUGGUCAAGAGCAAAAUCAGAGAGCUUCGGUUCGAAAUCUUUGUCCAAGAGAAUGUUCGUUGACUUUAGGUUCCUAUGGAGUAAGUGUGGCACAUAAUCUUUGCUAAUGUAUGCCAAUGCUUGAGCAACGCCUAGUGCUAUCUUCAACCUAACGCUCCACUGCAGUUGAUUGCCAGGCCUCGACAGCAUAUCAUGUAAGCUACCAUUUUGCGUGAACUCAUAGAUCAAGAAGAUGAAUUCGUCUGUGAAACAAAAACCAAGAAUCCGAGUAAUGUUCUUAUGCCGUAUCUUCGCUAUGGUUCUGACUUCAGCUUUCAGAGCUUUUGAGGAUACAUUCCUAGAGUUCACGAGCUUCCUCACAGCGAUUAACUCCCCACUCGACAAACUGAGAACGUAUACUUCACUCCCGGAAGGAGAAGUUUCAUUCAUCACUUUCAUCAACUCAUGCUCGCUUAGCCUCAGGGGAUGAUAAAACUCCGACUGCCAAGUACUCUUAAACUGAACUUUCUUUCGGUAAUACCGAUAUGAAAUGACGAGGGAGGAGGCAAGAGCAAGUGCUAAGCAUAUCAGAACUAACAACAAAGCUUUAAGUCCUAUUUUAUGGAAGCUGGACCGAUCAGAGGAGCAGGAAUCAGGCAAACCGGGUCCACAAAGCCCUGCAUUUCCUUGCAGAAAGGAAGCUGGUAAACCGGAGACCAGAGAGUGAGGUACCUCACCUGAUAACCGAUUGAAUGACACGUUGAAGAGAGCGAGCUUCAGGUUCUCAAAGUCUUGAGGGAUCAAACCGGUGAGUUUAUUAUCAGAUAGAUCAAGAUAAGUCAGAACAUGUAAAUCAGCAAGUGACUGAGGGAUGUCUCCGGUAAAUGCGUUGCCUGCCAGAGACAACGAGACAAGCUUCUUGCAAUUCUUCAGCUCUGGGAUCUUCCCUGAGAGCCUAUUGUGAGAGAUGUUCACAAUACUAAGGACAGGUGAGUCGCAGAAACUCGGCGGUAACUCUCCAUCAAACCCGUUCUCUGAAGCAGAGAACUUGUACAGGUUCUUGAUCAGUCCAAGACCAUGAGGGAUUCCACCAGAGAAGGAGUUGUUGUCUAUCUCAACUUGCUCUAACGCAGAAGCCAAAGACACAGAAUCAGGCACUUGACCUGUUAACCGAUUGUUAUCCACUCUGAUAAUCUUAAUCCUCGGUGAUGACCAUAACCCAACUGGAAACUCACCAGAGAAUCCAUUGUUCUGCACUUGAAACCUCUCCAGGCUAAGGCAUUCACCAAUGGAGUUAGGCAAUGGCCCUUGGAAGAAAUUCGAAUGAAGAGAAAGAUUAAUGAGCCUCUUGCCACUGCAGAUGCCGUUAGGGAAAGAGCCAGAUAUCUUGUUCUGUGAGACAUCAAGAGAGACCAAGCUCUUGAGAGAAGGCCCUAUGGAUCGAGUGACUUCGCCGGUCAGGUUGUUGAGACAAAGAUUCAAGAUUUUCAGACUUUUCAAACCCACAAAGGAAGUGGGGAUCUCUCCAUGGAAGCCUGACCUAUGCAGCAGAAGCUGUUCAAGCUUGUCUAGUUUCCCAAUAGAGGAAGGAAUCUCGCUCACCAAAUAGCUGUUUUCAGACAAAUCAAGAACGACGAGCUCACUUAGCUUGCCAAUUGCAGGAGGGAGGACACCGGUGAGCAGAUUACUUGCCAAAUUAAGAACUUGAAGAUUGAACAGUAACCCUAAAUCCUCUGGAAUCUUACCCUCGACAUGGUUGCUGCUGAAAUCAAGGACUUUCAAGGCACUGAACUCAGAAAUCUGAUCAGGGAUUGUGCCCCAGAUGAGAUUAGUGCUGAGAUUCAGAGUCUCUAACGUAAGACAGCGAGACAAAUGAAGAGGGAUUGGCUGAUUGAAAAAGUUUUGGGAGAGGUCGAGGUGAGUCAAGUAGGGUAGAUCACAAACGGAGUCAGAGAUUUCGCCAGAAAGAUUCAAACUUUGGAGGUUAAUGGAAGAGACGAAAAGGGAAGGAGCUCUGGUGCAUGUGAUGCCAGUCCAGUUACAGUGGUGAGAAGAAGAAGAAGAAGUGUUGGACCAACCUGAAAGAGAGCCCUUUGGAUCAUCAAUGGAGGCCUUGAAUCUGAGAAGAAGACCAAGUUCCUCGUUUUCUGUGAAAGAGAAUGUCGUGAGGAAGAAGCAGAAGAAUGUGAGGGGAGAUACUAUUGAGAACUGGUGCCUGAAUCUGGUAGCCAUUAAUGAGGAAUUUAAGAGAUAGAGAAUGAAGAGGAUAUGCUGAGUGAGCAGGCGAGUGUGAGAGUGAGAGUGAGAGUGAGAGAGUGAGUGAAAAGCAUUUAUUGACGAGUAAUAAGGUGAAAUGUCGAGAAAAGAGAG